AUGUCUUUUGAGGGCCGCGACGGCGCCGAGCCGGCCAUGCUGGCUACGGGCACGCCGCUGCCGCAGCCACCCAGCCCUGUGCAGAGCCCCCCCCAGCAGCCCCCGGCCAGGGAGGAAGAUGAGGAGGAGGAGGAGCCAACAGAGACAGAGACCUCCGGGGAGAGGCUGGGAGUCAGCGACAAUGGAGGGCUCUUCGUGAUGGACGAGGACGCCACCCUCCAGGACCUGCCCCCCUUCUGCGAGUCGGACCCCGAGAGCACCGAUGACGGCAGCCUAAGCGAGGAGACCCCCGCCGGCCCCCCGACCUACUCAGUGCCCCCAGCCUCGGCCCUGCCCACGCAGCAGUACGCCAAGUCCCUGCCCGUGUCCGUGCCCAUCUGGGCCUUCAAGGAGAAGAGGACAGAGGCGCGGUCGUCGGACGAGGAGAACGGGCCGCCCUCCUCGCCGGACCUGGACCGCAUCGCGGCGAGCAUGCGCGCGCUGGUGCUGCGGGAGGCCGAGGACACCCAGGUGUUCGGGGACCUGCCGCGACCGCGGCUUAACACCAGCGACUUCCAGAAGCUGAAGCGGAAAUACUGA